GCGUCACGGCACGGUGCGGCUGGGGCCUGGGCUGGUCGGGUGGCUCGGUUGGGGUCUGCGCGGCGGCCUGAGGCGUUCGGGGGGAUUCCUCCUGCCCGCCGCCCUGAGCCAGUUCCUCCUUGGGAGCGAAAUGAAUGCGGAAAAGGGCGGCUUCUCCUCCCAGCUCGGUGAAAAGAUCAAGAGGCAACAGUCAAGAUCAUACAGGGAGAGUGCAGAAACGCAGUUUUGCAUAAAAGUCUGUGAUAACUGAUUGAGAAACAAUUGCGUCACUUGCCUUCUGACACUCUUUUGCAAUAAAAAGGCUGUGUAGUGCGGGCCAUCUGCUGUUAAAUCCGCACAAAUAAAGAGUGCUGAAGGAGUGCAGUAAACUGACCCUGUGCAGCUGUAUUCUUCGAGAAAGGCGGAAGACAGUUUGAACCAUGGCAAGCCAGGCGUUUUCCCCAGAGGCUGCUUUCCCUCAUGGGAGGCGGAGGGAGAAAUGGGACCCCAGGCUUCUUUCAAGGGCAAGGACUUGAUGGCGAAAAAAAGAGAAUGUCUCCAGGCCUACAGCUGGUGGAGAACACCACAGAAGAAACGGAAGAAAAAGAACAAAAUAAAACCAGGAAGAAUAGAGUUUGUCCCUAGUAGUAGUUCAGCCAGACCAGAUUAUUCUAUAUUUGUUGGGGAACUUACUCCAGAAGUGGAUGAUUUCCAGCUCUAUGACUAUUUUCUAAAGAGGUACCCCUCAUGUAUUGACUGCAAAAUAGCAACAGACCUGCUGGGAUAUUCCAGAGGGUAUGCCUUUGUCAGAUUUGGUGAGCAAGGUGAUCAGAUGAGGGCACUGCAAGACUGCCAGAAUGCACCAGGUCUGGGGGGAAAACGAAUCCGGCUGAGCAUAGGAAUUUCUAAAAGACUGAAAGCAGAAUUCCAGCGGUACCAGUCGUACAACUAUAAUGAUUAUUACCAAGAUUAUCAGAACUACUACUCACAGUGGGGUUAUGAUCCUUAUGCUGACUACAACUACAGCUCCUAUGCUCCCUAUGAUAGCAUGCAAGCUGUUGGAGACUGCUCUUUAGGAGAUGCUGUUAUGGCUCCAGCUGUUUUUGAGGAAACUUCAGCUAUGACUGAAAUCAGUGAUGACCUAAUAACUGAAGAUCCACAGCUUUACUUGGAUGUUGAUGAAAUGAACAGACAAUUUAUGGAGACAAGUGAAGAACUCUAUGAUUCCCUCAUGAAUUGUCACUGGCAACCUCUGGAUACGGUCACUUCUGACAUCCCCCCUGCUAUUUAAGUGUCUUAUAUAGCAUGACCGUUAUGACCAAGGUGCUAAAAUUACAUUUCUUCUACAUUACUCUAGAUCAUAAGUUUUAAAGCACAAUGAUAGGUUGGGGUUUUUUUGCUAUGCUUUUGACAGUUUCUGUAAUCUUUUUUUUUUGUUCAUCACUCGGAGCAUCUUGAAAUCAUGUAAAUAUUCUAGAAAUGUAAAGAGUUCAAUGGGGUCUAAAGAUAGACUUGCCUGUGUAAAUAAAAUUUUGUUUCUGCAAACUUGCCAGCAAGGGAUUUUACUUACAAUGUGAAGCACAUUCUCUUCUGGCUUGUGGAAUUUAGCUGGAGGUAGUAGGGGUAUUUAACCUGUCUCUUGUUUUGGUAUGGGCAUCAGGACACUAGCAAAAACUAGCACUCGCAUAUUUCCAAGUUACCUAGGCCAUCUUUUAUAAGCUCUUAACACUCUUGCUUAGAUUAUGUGUGUAUUUGGGAGACACUCCCAGGGUUUGCUAUGGGAACACUUAGGUCCACUCUUCCUCCUGCAGUCUCCUGGAACUAACUGUACUACUGUCGAUCUGCUAGGUCAGUUAGAAUUGCUUUAUCAAUACAGUAUUCUAAACAUACAGAAGGGCAGAUUUUCAGCUACCAUAGCUGCAAACAUUCCAAAUAGUAAGGAUGAUCCCUAGUAACAGUUUUAUUCCUGUCCUUCUUAUUGUUAGUCUUCUCACCUGACACUUCACAGCAAAUAAACUGGUGUAAGAAUACAUUUUCUUAAACUGAAAAAUCCUUGGAGAAAAUAACUUUGUGGUUUGAAGGAGGAAAAAUAACCCAUUGGGAAUAAAAAACUAUCCCAGUAACAACUCUUCAACUAAGUUGCACCCUGUCCUAAACAUCUCUAACUUGUUCAGUCUUCAUGCUGAGGUGUUUUAUUAGUGAUGAGGUUAUAAAUUUUUAGUAGGAUGACAGUUUUCAAUAUUCAAGUCACAGGAGAUGAGGGGAGGUAGCAAUGAGGAAAGUUCUGCUUUAGGCUAGCAACUUCUGAGUGGCUUCCUCUAAACUGUUCUCAUCUUGAGGGGUACAAAGUAUCUUCCAGUUAUAGGGACUACUUAUGCUCCUGUGUAUGCAAAAGUAUUUACCACUUAAUGUACAUAAUGAUAACAUAAGUUAGGCUGGAAACAGAAAAAUACUCUUCCAAGAAAAAAGGUAGCAGAAAUUACCAUAACUAAUAGUUGUGGAAGCUACUAAAGCUAGUCAAGACACUUUGAUACUGCUGUGUGUGUUUUGGAGGCAAUCUAAACCAUAAUUGCUAUGAUGGCAGAUAGGAAUAAAGUUCCUUUUUUUUGUGACUUAAUGUGAUUAAAGUGGUGGUCAUAAACUAUAUGCUGAUCUUAAAUUUAAAGCAAAUACUGUAUUGCAGAGUGAUGAGUCGAUGCUGGCAGGUCACUUCUAGCUGCUGACCACAAUCUCCAUCUUUUCUCUUCACAGUUUAAUUUCAGCUAGGAGUAUUUUCAAAGUCCUGUCGGUGAAAUGCAGAUGCUCUAAAACAGAAAGGGCUUUUGGAGUACUAUAGGAAGUUCAUUCUUCCUGGAUUUUGUGCAGAAGUACAUGUAGGAAGAGACAGAAAGCAAAAAACCUCAUCUAGGCAGGGGGAGUAGCUUUACAGUUUUAGCAACAGUUUCCCUGCUUUAGGGAGAGCUACUUGCAAGGUAGCUGGGAACUAGUUUCUUUGGGUGAAUGUUUUCCUUGUGUGAACUGGUGAGGCUUUGGAUGGUGGUGGUAGGGAGAUUAUUAAUGAGAAUGUGACAAAGUGGAAGCAGAAUAAAUGAAGCAAAGAGAAUCUGGGUGGGAAAGGGGGUACUUGUGUGCAUGUAUAGAAUUGUUUCAGAAGACUGCAGUAGGGAGGAAACUCAAGAUAGUAGAUGCAGGCCCCUGGAAUUUGGGUCAGAGUGUUAAAGCUUCAAAAUGGUACAGGAUUUGAUGCCACUUCAUUUGUAGUGCAUAGCUGUGGUGCUUGAGCUUCGUAGUACAAACUGGUCUGCUAAGCAAAGGAUUUGGUAUCUAGGAAGCACCAUCACCACAAGCAGCAAGACGGGUUCCAGGUCUCUGCCUGGGUUAUAUCCUGCUUUGAAGUGGCUUGCAUAGCAUCGCCUAAGACUGCACUUAAAUUGCAGCAAGUAAUUUGUGGAAACCUUUUAUUGUGUUAUCAGUUAAAAAUGUGAUGCUAAGGAUGUGUGUUGGCUCAGCAGUAAUACUGUGGAGUAUCUAUGCUGAUUUUUGGUGUGUGGGAGGUUGAUCUAUGUGUGAACUAUGUAAUGAGGGGCCCACGUAGCUAUGUGAUUUCACUUAGUCUGACACUGUAUCACCACAGUACAUAAACCUCAGAAAAGUCACAGUCUGUAGCCAUCCCAUUUAUGCAUAUUUUAUCUGUUAACAAGGUCUCUAUACUCUGCAUUAGAGACUGUUUUCAGACAUGCAUGCGCCUUCUGUUCUGGACUGUAAAGUACCCACAUAGUGAAAAUAACUGUUUGUGUUAUGCAGUGAAAGAGGUUGUUUGGGCCAUUAGUUCUCCAAACCUGAGAAAUGUUGGGGGUGUAUUUUCUUCCAGUGAACAAACAAGAAAAAUGAGGUGAGGAGGAGAGUCUGUUGGUUACAGCCCAUGUGAUACUGUUCUAAAAUAGCUCUGUGACCUCUUUUUCUGUCUCCUGAGCCUUACUAGCCUAUUCCCCUUUCCAGUUAGGAGUGCAUACAUGGGAUCAAGAUGGUGUGGGCAGUGCAUGUUCUUUACUGUAAAGGCAUACAGAAUGCACACUUCUGUAUUGGUGUGUUACCCAUGAACCCCAAAUACAGAAAAGAGUGCAUCAGGACUGUUAGAAUGCAUUGCUGAGACUUUUUGCUGAGUAAACUUGGAGCUGUUCUAUAACUACCCACCUGCAUUAGGUAGCUCAUGCAAAGACCUGAACACAUCACACAGCUAGCUGCCUGCCAUCAGUUCUACUAAGAUCUGAUUGCAGUGGGAGCAUUUAAAAAA